AUGACGCAUCCUCUCCAAAACUAUUCUAGUGGUUUGAGUACCUCAAAUACAGGUCUCGGCCUAGGUCUCGCAAUGCCGGGCAUACUUGCCACCGAGAAAAUCAAGAAAGAGCUUUUAGAGGAACAGGAAAGAAAGGAAGCAAACAAGUCACCGGAGCAAAACAUGCGCAUGAAAGCUCGAGCUACGAUGUACGAUAUAAAGAAAACGCCAUGGAACGAGGAACGGAACAAGACAGAUGAAGCAGGCAAGCGGUUACUCGAACAUAUAAAGCUCGAAAAGAAGCGAGUUCAAGAUUCUCAGAAAUGGGGAAGCGAAAAGAUAAGGUCUAAACUUCAUUCCAGAGAGAAACAAGGAAGGAUUGAGACAGAAACGAAACGAAUGAGAGAGAAACUGGAGAAGGAAUUUGGAUCAGCGAGGAAGGCGGAGGAAGAACGUUGGUUGCAGGAGCUGGGAGAGAAUUGCAAUACUCUAAAUGCUAAGAUUCAUAUUGAGAGGUGCAUGCCGUCGAGAUCACGUCUUGUGAGAGGAGGAUCAUGUUGCGAGGAUUGCCAAUAUGAUUCCAGGCUUGCUUUUCUGAAACAGGAAAAAGAGGAAAGCUAUCUCAGAGCUAGUUAUGGGGAAUUUGGAGAGAUGAUUAGUUCUUUGAAGCUACAUUACUAUAAACUGGGUCUAUAG